ACAACAAUCAAGUGGCUCACAUGUUACGCCAUUUCGAACCUUCCUCCUCUUCACUUCUACACUUCCGCAUUCUGCCCCCCUGCCACCGUCCUACCACCGUCACCGCCACCGUCACCGUCACCUGAUCAUCUUCAGAUUCACUUCAAUUACACAGGCGGCGAAGAAGAUGUCGACGCCUGCGAGGAAGAGGUUAAUGAGGGAUUUCAAGAGGUUGCAGCAGGAUCCUCCUGCUGGAAUCAGUGGUGCUCCUUAUGAUAAUAAUAUUAUGCUUUGGAAUGCGGUUAUAUUCGGUCCGGAUGACACUCCUUGGGAUGGAGGUACAUUCAAGUUGACGCUGCAGUUCUCAGAAGAUUAUCCAAACAAGCCACCGACAGUUCGAUUUAUUUCUAGAAUGUUUCAUCCAAAUAUUUAUGCAGACGGGAGCAUAUGCUUAGACAUUCUCCAAAACCAGUGGAGUCCAAUUUAUGAUGUUGCCGCUAUCUUAACAUCAAUUCAGUCAUUGCUGUGUGACCCAAACCCAAACUCCCCAGCCAACUCUGAAGCAGCACGUAUGUUUAGUGAGAAUAAGCGCGAGUACAACAGGAAAGUGCGUGAGAUUGUUGAGCAGAGCUGGACUGCUGACUAAUACCCGAAACUGCUGGGGCCAUAUGCAUGUUCAAGAAACAACAGUAAUAAUGGUAACAAAUGUUCAUUUGCAGGUCAUGCUAUUUAAGUUUCAUUUGUAGGGAUUCGUAACUUAUAUUUCAUUUGUGUUUGGUUGCUUGUUUGCAGUACGCCUUUUUUAUGUACAUAAUGAUUUCUUGUAAUAUAUUGUCUUGAAUCUUCUUUUUUCCCC